UGUGCUCCUACACUACCCAGACAGCGAAUCGUGGAGAGACCUUUGCUACGAUUGGUCCCUCCAUAAUAAGGUUUUAAUUUUGAAUCUUUCUUUAAGGAGAAGGAGAGGCCACUACCCGGACUCCCAUCUGAUCCCGGGCUCUUAGACUUAAAUCAUGCCUAAGUUCAAGCAACGAAGAAGAAAGCUAAAAGCCAAAGCAAAAAGAUUAUUCAAAAAAAGAGAAGCCUCUCACUUUCAGCCCAAGCUAAUCACACCUCCUCCGCCACCACCCUCACCAGAAAGAGUGGUUAUUCCUUCAGCAGAUACUUCCCUUAGCAGAAGUUGGCUAAGACCAUCCUGGAACUUUAGACUUCCUAAUAUCAAAGAUACUAUAAAACUUUGGACAAAUAGAGUGUGGUCUAUAUACAAUUGGUGCCAGAACUGCAUGGCCCAGAGUUUAGAAGUAUUGAAAGACACCAUCUUUCCAUCCCGUUUCUGCCGCCGAGAACUCCACAGUCUAAAACAACGGUUUUGCAUUUUGGAAAGUGAAUUAUGCAAGCUCCAGGAAACACUGAAGACUGUCUUGGAAAAUUCUUCCUGCCCAAGCUGUGGUCAAACCUGUCACAUAAGUGGUAAACUCAAAAAUGUGCCCGCCCGCGUGCUAAACACCCCUGGAGAACCUCCAGCGAUACUUCCUCCCACAUUGCCACAGCCAGCCACCCCUACUCCUGCUCUUCUUCCUCCGCCGCCCCCGCCCCCUCCACCUCCUCCUCUGCCUCCGCCUCCGCCACCCACAGCACCUGUGCUGCUCAGAAAAUCCGAUCGCACUAAAGCCCUGCAGGCUGGGCCAUUAAAAAGAGAUGGACCCAUGCAGAUAACAGUUAAAGAUCUACUGACUGUGAAGUUAAAGAAGACACAGUGUUUUGAUGAAAGGAAGAAGCUUACACCAUCACCAAAGGCACAGAAUCCACUAGUUACUGUCUCUGACCUGCAGCGUGUCACCUUGAAGCCCAACUCCAAAGUACUAUCAACUCGAGUUACAAAUGUCUUGAUUACCCCUGGUAAAAGCCAGAUAGACCUGCGGAAACUACUUAGAAAAGUUGAUGUAGAGAGAAGCCCAGGUGGAACCCCACUUACCAAUAAAGAAAACAUGGACACAGGAACUGGGCUUACUCCAGUAAUGACUCGGGCCUUGAGGAGAAAGUUUCAGAUGGCUCACCCUAGAAGCCCAACUCAAACUCUGCCACUUUCUACAAGCAGCUUUGAUGAACAAAACUGAUGCUAACUCUGCCUGACGCAACAUGAUGAUCCAUAAAACACACAGAUAAAAUCACCCCAAUCCUUUUUUUUUAAUGUAGUAGGGUUUAUAUAAAUAAUUAUACUAAUAUAUAAUUCCAUUUGAAGAAUUAAAGUAUUUACAUAGCCCCCAUACAUACUGUGAUAUAAAGUGAGUAUUUGGGUAUUUUUUAGUUUGUAUGAUCAAUAAGAGAGCAGAUGGGAAAAUGCAGUCCCUAAAGUGAUGUUUAUCUGGGAAUUACCCAAUUUAGGUUGGAGAGGUCGUUCAAAUUUAACUAGAUAACAAGUUUAUACUCAAUAGAUACAGUUUUGACGUUAAGAAAAUAACCUGAUUCCUUAAAAAAUAAAAUUUAAUAACCCAGUUCCCAUUCUUCUUGCAUAUUCUCAGGUAAUUAAAAAGAAAAGUAUUUCAGCCUAUAAAGCUAAUGCAUUCUUCAGUAGGCGUUACAGACUUGAUCAGUAAAAAAGAACCUCUAGAUUUGAUUUCUGUUUACUGUAAACAGUUAGGAGGUAAGACUGUCCCCUACUCCAACCCAAUUAUUUUCCAAAUGGAUUUGAAGCAAAAUAUCCAAUAUAACCUUAAAAAUGAGAAUGUACCAUUUCUAGCAGCUAGAAAGGAUCUUUAGGUAGUCAUAUCUAGAUCGCUGAAGUCUGAGAUAUUCCUUCCUUUGACAUUUUCUGUCCACAUUCAUGCAGCUAAUUAUAAGUUUUAUGAGGAUCUCAACAUGAACUGUGUAUUUUCCAGAGUGGCCUGCCAAGGAUUAUCUGAAGUCCAUAGCAGAUCUUCUGUGAGACCUAAUUCCUGUUCUCAAGAGCCUAUAUCUUCAGGAACAGUGAUAAUACAAACCUCACUGGAUUUUUGUUCUCUCCUACCAGUCCGGGGUAGCCAGAUUUAGCAAUUGUAAAUAUACGAUAGCCAGAUUUGAAUUAAAAAACAAAAAACUUUUAAAUAGAAAUACAUCCUAUUAAACAAUGGGCAGGGGAUUUUGUUGUUGUUGUUGUUUUAGUAUGUCCCAAAUAUUACAUGGGAGCUGUAUAUUUAUACUAAAAAAAUUAUUCACCAUUUAUCUGAAAUUCAGCUUUAACAGGGCAUUCUUUAUCGUACCUGGUCACCCUAUGGCUCAGUCCCCUACAAAGUUGCCAAGUAUUUCUGGGAGCCCCCAGCUUGUUAGACAUGUCUACUUAGCAGUGGACACAAUUAUAGCUUCAGCCAGGAUCCCCAUUACUAUUAUGUUAAGUAUCACAGAGAAUGGGAAACUCUCAUCAGGGUGAGUUCCUGUGACUGAAAGUGCAGGAUUAGCUUUGAUCCCCUGCAGUUCCAAGAAUAAGGACAGCAGGAAACAAGGUGUUUCAGAUCUUUACUGAACUUCCUAGCCUGACAGGAAGCAGCUACAGGGGUGAUACUAUUUUAGCCUAGGCUACAAAAGAUAUUUCAGUCAUUUCCCAGAAAUGCCUAUAUUUCCACAGACAAAUACUGCUUUGAAAUACCAAAUAGAGUGUUGUGGAAAGUCACCAGACUGGAAAGCAGACCUUGGGACCAUGUUUUGUUCUCAUGAGACCCAAAUUUAUGUCUACAGACACAUUUAUGAAUGAAAAUUAAACAGGUAAUAAAGUUAAGAAACAUACCUGCUUCUAAUUUAAAACAAAACAAAACAAAGCCUUCUAGCUAUAUUUAUAUUAUAUAAGAAUAAAAGGAAUGAUCUCUGAGAACAAAACAUUUGAGUAUUUGUAACGAUGUUUUAUGGAGCACUUACAAUGCUUAUAUUAAUAAACCACCAGGUACUGUCUCAAUUUAAUUUAAAUGAUUUGAUGAUUUGAUCAUUCUUGUGGAAUAAAGGUUCAUUUAAAAAUGCUAUAGAAAUCCUAUAUAUAAACAUUUAUAAAGCUGCUAUUGCCAUUGUACCAGUAUUAAAAAUGUUUUCUACCUUGUUUUUUUACUAAUUUUUAUGACAGGUUUUAUAUUAUACCAUUUGAGAAUCUUG